AAUAAAAAUACUUGGAGGAGGAGAGCGUAUACACACACGCGCACACACACUACGGAAGGUAAAGAGACGGGCUUUAGGGCCCUGCGUCGUGUGAGCUUCCGGGCUUCCCUCCCUCACGCUUGCGCCCUCCAUCCAUUCAUUUGACACAAUUGGGCGCUCGCUGUCCGCAGAGGAACCAAAGCAAGCGGAUGGAGUUCUUCCCGAGCCUCGUUCAAGUUUUUCUUUAACCAACUUUGUGAUCUUCAGGACAACUAAGAUGUUGAAACGAUUCAUUUUGAACGCGUUUGGACUCGUUUUGUAGGAAAGUUCUGGAUCUCCGGCCGUUCAAGUAAAGUUGCUUUUUAUUGAGAAACACUGGACGCCAAGAAGACAACAUGUCGCUGAGCCGGAGCUUGGAAUUGGAGCACUUCGAAGAACGCGACAGCAAGCCUCAUCGGACGCCGAAGGCUCCGGGCUCCCACGCCGGCGUGGGAAGCUCCUUCCGGCUCCUAACAGCCAGCCCGGCGCACAGCGCGCACUGCAGCUUCUACCGGACUCGAACCUUGCAGUCGCUCACGUCUGAGAAGAAGGCCAAGAAAGUCCGCUUCUACAGAAAUGGAGACAAGUACUUCAAGGGUCUGGUGUACGCGGUGUCCUCCGACCGGUUCCGUUCCAUGGACGCGCUCCUCAUGGAGCUGACGCGCUCGCUGUCGGACAACGUCAACCUGCCGCAGGGGGUCCGGACUCUGUACGCCCUGGACGGGGGCAGGAAGAUCAGCAGCUUAGACGAGCUUGUGGAGGGGGAAAGCUACGUGUGCGCCUCCAACGAGCCUUUCCGCCGCGUGGACUACGCCAAGAACGUCAACCCCAACUGGGCCGUGAGCUGCAAGACGGGCACGUCGCGCUCGCUGUCGUCGCUGGUCUCGCCGCGGGGCGAGCACCAACGCCAGCAACCCAAAGAUUUCAUCAAGCCCAAACUGGUGACGGUGGUCCGUAGCGGGGUCAAACCGCGCAAGGCCGUGCGCGUCCUGCUCAACAGGAAGACGGCGCACUCCUUCGAGCAGGUGCUCACCGACAUCACGGACGCCAUCAAGCUGGACUCGGGCGCCGUCAAAAGGCUGUACACGCUGCAAGGCAAGCAGAUCACGUGCCUGCAGGACUUCUUCGGCGAUGACGACGUGUUCAUCGCCUGCGGGCCGGAGAAGUUCCGCUACGCCCAUGACGACUUUGCGUUGGAUCACAGCGGUAAGGCGUCCGCAGCAGCCUUUAUGAGCGAGUGCAAAGUGCUGAAGUCGUCCUCCGGUCGUUCCGUCACUCCCAACCGGAGGAGUAAGAGUCCGGCACCUUCGCGGCGCAGCAAGUCUCCCGCUGCAGCGAGGCGUGCAACGCGCUACUCCACCAGUCAGUCUCCUGCCAAAUUUCCAGUAAACGGUCACGUGGCUGGGCUGAGGUCCGGCAAGUUGUCAGCGCCGUCGCCCAGCAGCUCCCAAAGUCUCUCUGCUCUCAAGUUGGUUCCGUCACAUCACAGUUCAAAUUCAAACGUCAGCGGCUCGCUCAGCAACCACCAGGGGGAGACAACCAGUCCAGAGGUUAACGGUAACCAUAGCGACCAGACCUCCCCCGCCAUCCUGGAGAAAUACAUCAUCGGGAAAGUCAUCGGAGAUGGCAACUUUGCUGUGGUGAAAGAGUGCGUGGAGAGGUCCACGGGAAGAGAGUUUGCCCUCAAGAUCAUCGACAAGGCCAAGUGCCGCGGCAAGGAGCACCUGAUCGAGAACGAGGUGUCCGUGCUCAGGCGGGUCAAGCACCCCAACAUCAUCAUGUUAGUGGAGGAGGUGGACACGCCUUCGCAGCUGUGUCUCGUCAUGGAGUUGGUCAAGGGUGGCGACCUAUUUGACGCCAUCACGUCCUCGGCCAAGUACACAGAGAGGAGCGCCUGCGUCAUGGUGUACAACCUGGCCGCCGCCUUGCAGUACCUUCAUGACAUGAACAUAGUGCACAGAGACAUCAAGCCGGAAAACUUACUGGUGUUUGAGAAGCCAGACGGCACCAAGUCGCUCAAGCUCGGGGACUUCGGCCUGGCGACGGUGGUGGAAGGACCUUUGUACACCGUGUGCGGAACGCCCACCUACGUGGCGCCGGAGAUCAUUGCAGAGUCUGGUUACGGCGUCAAGGUGGACAUCUGGGCGGCGGGCGUGAUCACGUACAUCCUGCUGUGCGGCUUCCCUCCUUUUCGGAGUGAGAGCAACCAGCAGGAGGAGCUGUUUGAACAAAUCCUACUGGGCCGACUGGACUAUCCCAGCCCUUACUGGGACAACAUCAGCGACGCAGCCAAGGAGCUCAUCGGCAAGAUGCUGCUGGUGGACGCGGAAGCUCGCUACUCGGCGUGGGACGUCCAGGCGCACCCUUGGGUGACGGAGGAUGUCAACGCUGAGAACAACAUGAAGGCCGAGGUGACGGGGAAGCUGAGGACGCACUUCAGCUCGUCGGCCAAGCAAGGCAACGCCACCGCCGCCGUCUCUCUCAUUAUGACAGCCCUCGAUAAGGAGAGCCUCCAGCUCGCCGCCGACCCGCCGCCAUCACCGGACCCUCCCAAAUCCCAGGAUGCUUCUCCAAAUGCCCCGAUCUCGUCGUUGUCGUCCUCGUCCUCCCCCGAAUGUCCCGUCAAGCACGUCGUCUUCCUACCGCUGUCGUUCCCCUCGCCCCCGUCGACGCCACCCUUAUCCUCCGCUUCGCCCCCGUCACCGCCCAACAUUGCCGCCAUUGAGGGGACAGGAAUCACCCACGAGCUAGUGGAGGGGGUUUGAAAAAACAAAACAACAAACACGACAAGGUCGUGCACUGCGCUAAACAAGACUUGUUUGUAUUUAUUGAGGAAGGACUUAAGAGGAUGUAAUUGACUGAAUGUUGCCGUCAUCACAUUCUUGCAAAGCAGGAUUCAUUUUCAUACGUGACACUUUUCAGAUUUUGCUUCAGAAUUGUGACACUGUAUGUGUUUAUACUGACUAUAUAAUGCCUUGCUUCAAUUCAGUCAUAUUCACAAAUGUGGGAGGAUUUAAUUCUACCUUUAAAAUUCUGCUAUAAAGUGGAAAGUUUUCUUAAUAAAUUAGCAGUAAUUUAUAAAAAAAAAAAAAAAGUUCCCUUUACUAUGCAGUCCAGCUAUUUCUGUGCUUAUUUUUUUCUAUUGACUGUAUAUUCAUCUUUGUUGUGUAAUGUUGAUGGCAGGCAGUAUGAAGAAGCUAGCAAGAAGUCAUUACAACGUCUAGAGUUAGCUAGUGUCGCCCUUAUAUUCCGCCCAGCAGUAUUUAGGGACGCUGUUGUAAUACUGCUAUUGGCCACAAGAGAGCAGCAAGCGCAUGUCUCGAACAGAUUUCAGUAUACUGUAGUGUUGGCUCGUGAGUGAACGAUUCGUUCAAAAGAACGAAUCUUGUCAGUGAACGAGAGUAAACGAAUGACUUCCUAAA